ACGUCACAACGAGCGAGGAAGGUGAUUUUUCUUCAACUCUUCCCGUUUCAACUCCAGCUUAAUGUUUAUUUUUUAAAAGUCCGACUUAUUUUAGAGAAAAUGUUUAUUUAUUUUACGUUUUUGUCCGUGACGUGACGCUGCUCCUGCAUCUCGGUCAACUACCUGCUCAAGUCACAAAGUGGAAGUUCACGCGAAGGCUGCGUUUUCACCUUCACCUUUACUCCUUUCCAAAAAAAAAAAAAAAUGUUUCUACGAUUCCUCUCCACCUGCUGUGUCUUUUUCCUCUGUCAAGGAGAAACUACAAAAUAUGCUCUCCUGGGGAAGAAAGUUCACUUGAGUACAAACAUCCAACCUUUUCCAGAUGAAAUUCUGUGGAAGCAUAAUGGGAACAAAGUGAUAGAGUUUAAUGGCAACAAGGAAGAUGUAUAUGGUUCCUAUAAAGGCAGAGUCACCCUCGACUGGAUUUCUGCUGAUCUGAACAUUAGUGAUGUCAGAUUUGAAGACAGUGGAGCAUACGAGUUGGAAUUAUUCAUUAACCAAAAAAUGCAUUACAUCAAUUAUAAUCUGCAAGUCAUUGACAAAGUAACCAGACCCAGCAUCUCCUGUGAGAGGAUCCCAGCAAAUGGCUCAAGUGAGUCAGGAUACCAGGCCACUCUGACAUGCUCUGCAGAAUCCAAACAGUCUCAGUCCUUGUUGAAGUUUAACUGGGGCCCAAAUGGAAAUAUGCAGCUCGGUCCAAAGUUGGUAAUACCUCUUGGGAAUGAACAUGACGCUCAAGUGUACGACUGCACUGUGAGCAACCCGCUCAGUAAAGAAUCUGAAACAUUCACUGCCAAGGAGUGCUAUCCUGGUAAGACUUUGACACUUUGUGUUUAA